GCUCUCACACACAAGUAGUAGCAAAAGAUCAAAAGAAAUCAAUUCUUUACCAUGGUCUUUUCUUCUGUUCCUGUCUACCUUGAUCCAUCCAAUUGGAGCCAGCACCACCAGGCACAGGAGCAGCAACAACACGCUCAACAUGGUCAGCUUCCAAGCGACGGCGGCAUGGACGCGCAUGCACAUCAUCAUCAUGAUCAGCCGCCGCCGGUGCGACCACCUCAUGGCGGGGCUCUCAUGGCACCUCGCCCUGACAUGGCAGUUGUGGUCUCGGCGAGCGGCAAUGGGCCAACUGGCGGUGGCUCUGCUAUCCGGGCAGGCUCCAUGUCUGAGCGGGCCAGGCUCGCCAAGAUCCCGCAGUCGGAGCCGGGGCUCAAGUGCCCGCGAUGCGAGUCCACCAACACCAAGUUCUGCUACUUCAACAACUACUCGCUCUCCCAGCCCAAGUCGUCUAAGUCCAACUCGUCAUCGGUCGCCUCUGCUUUCGGCACGGGCGGGACGUCGUCAUCCAUCUCGUCCACCGCUACCGGCGAUAGCCACACGGGCACCAUGAUGCUUUCUCAUCAGGGACAACUGCAACCCUUCCUAGCCUUGAUGCAGCACCCCCUCGUCGGCGGGGAUCACUACAACAUCAGCGCGUCAAGGUUAGGGUUCCUAGGACUAAGCUCACUAGACCCCAUGGAUUACCACCAGUUCGGCACGGGCGCCGGCGCCAGCAGCGCUACAAUUGGGCUAGAGCAGUGGCGCUUGCCACAGAUACAACGGUUCCCCUUCCUAAGCGGCCAACCUGACGUCGUGCAACCGACAAUGUCUGGUAUUUACCCAUUCGACAUGGAAGGACAGAGUGGGGACACUCCCGUCUUACCUGGCGGGCACAUGCUGGGUGGCUCGAAGAUGCCCGGCUCAGCCGGCCUGAUCACGCAGCUCGCAUCGGUUAAGAUGGAGGACAACCCAGCGUCCGUGGCGAUGGCGAGCAGCUCAUCUAGGGAUUUCCUUAGUGUCACUGGGAACCUCCAAUUCUGGGUCGACGACAGCGACAACGACGGUGCAAGUGGCAACAAUGAAGGAGGCGUUGGCAACGCCGGAGGUGGCAGUGGCGGUGGCGCGGUCGCUCCAGGCACCAGCUGGGUGGACCUGUCAGGAUCAACUCGUCUUCAUCCGGGAAAUUGCUGUGACGAACCCUUCGGUCUGCAUGCUAGCUGCAGUUGAAAGGUACACUACCGGAAUUUGGCUCUUUGCAACUUUAUAGUUGGUCACAUUUUCAA